CGUAAAUAUGGCCAAAUUCCUUGGGAAGACUACAUCAUUUGGACGGGAUGGAAACUUUUGAAUGGGAAAACUUUCUGAAAGUGGCUUACAGGGAUUGGUGUAAUGUGCAGUCCUUGAAUAAAUUUAGACGAGCUCCUUCAAAUGCAGAACGUGUAUCGUUGUGCAUUGGACUUGCAAUUUGGAGUGAUAAGAACGUGUGCAGGUUGAUCAAGAGAUGUGUUGAGCAGAGCUACAUGGAGACAAGUGGCAAGUCGGAUGAAGUGAGCAGAUCAUGGAGAGAAAAGGGAAAUGAAUUGUUUAAAGAGAGACAUUAUAAUGAAGCUCUUUUGUGUUACACCCAGAGUGUUUUGACAGCGUCAUGCAACAUUGACAAUGCUGAUACAUCCAACCGUGUAGAGUUGGCGAUGGCAUUUGGAAACCGUUCUGCUACCCUGUAUCAUCUAAACCAAUAUGAGUUGGCCCUUCAAGAGUGUGACCAAGCCAUAAGUCAUGGCUAUCCUAGAGCUUCACUCCAUAAGCUUCUACAGAGGAAAGGACUAUGUCUCAUGGAAAUGGGUCAGCAACACUUAGCUACAAUAGUUUUGAGAGAAGCACUCUUGGCCUUGGAUGAAGCAGUCAAUUUGAGCUUAGAGAGGAAAGAAUCACUGAAGUCUGAAAUAGAGAAACUUCUUAACAACUGCACUCAUCCAAGUGUAAGUGAGAAUACAAGUGUCUCCAUCAAACCUACUAAGCCAGAAGACCUGAGACAGUCAUCAGACAAACUAGCUAGUGCAUCAAGGUCUCUAGGACUACGGUUUAACCUGGACAGAGGCAGGUACUUGGUGGCAGAUUUGCCGGUCAAUGCAGGUGAACUACUCAUCAAGGAGAUCCCAUAUGCAGUCAUCCUGUUACCAGAAUACCGUAAAACCCAUUGCCAUUACUCUGGCAACAGGGCUGGUUAG